GAUAGUUGCAUGGUUGAGACGGUACUGUUGUACAGUACUCAAUAGUGUUAAAAAUGUCGCAGGAAACAGUAAAACUUUUCCGUAAAAGAUCCGGCACUACAAACGAAGGCAUAGACUUCGAAAACAUCAACAUCGCCAACCUAGCCUUCAACUUAGCAACCAACGACCAAAUCAAAAAUUUUGACUUAUCCGCAAACGACAAAAAUUAUGGGGCGUUCGAUGACAUCGUCAUCGAAGUGGAAACAAGUCAAAACAAGCACACCUACGCUUUACAACUAAAACACAGCGACAAAGGAAACCUAUCAUUAGAAAGAUUAAAACAAAACUCAGGCCCGUUUGCCAUUAAAAAGUACUUCGAGUCCGCACAAACCAUCAACGACACAAACCAAACCUUCAUUCUAUACACCAACCUAAAAUUCAACAUCGCAGAAAACACGAUUUUCCACCUAGCGGGCGAAGAUUUCCAAAUCAAGGUUACGAAAGUUGCUCCAAAUUUCAUGUUCGAUGUUUCGGAAACCACGAAUUUUUACAAGUUCGAAGUGGUUGAAGAUUGCGCUUGCUACGACUACUCACCAGAUAUCCUAGUUUACAAAUCAUUUUUCGACAAGUUUUUUUUGUACGUGGGGCAAGACAAAGUUGGUAAGGUUGAGCUAAGGUUGAGGGAAAAGUUUGUCGAAAAAUUUCACGCCAGUGACCAUGAAUGCGACAAAUACGUAAAAGUCAUAACCGAAUGGUCCAAAGAAAAGGGUGUAAAAGAGAAAUUAAACAAAACGUGGGUGAAACACCUCGUGGCCUUGCAAAUUUUGUCGCCUAGAAUCAAACCGUUGUCAUUCGGGUCGGUCAACCAAAAAAUGACAAUUUUGCGUGACGUGGUUGAUUGUUUUGACGUCACUGUGUUUGAUAGUGGGUCGUACGAAAAGGUGCGGGGGAUGUGGGGGAGUGUAAACAGUGACGUCCAAGAAGUGAAGAAAGUGCGAAAAAAGUAUCACCUUGACGCGGUUGCUAUCAAUUGUAUUGAUGACGUCAAUCCGACACUAUUGAGCACGGUUUUGUGGCUGCAAGGUAAGUGUCCGUUGAUUGUCGACGAAGACCAAAGUGUGCUCAAAGCGAUUCAACUAUGUCGAAAUAAAAAAUUUAUAGUGCUUAGAACUCAAAUUGAAGAAGAAACUCAGUUGGACGACGAUUCAACUUUCAAAACUUUGUUGGACUUGAAACCAAAAACAACCCACUUUCGUCACUUAUUGAAAAAUUUUACUUUUUUGCUACAAGGUAAGAGCGAGCUUUGUUUGGAGACGGUAGAAGACAACGAAGAAUAUUUGGAGAUGUUGACGACAGACGAUUUGCUGCAAAUGGCGUGUUGUCCGUCGACUGUUGGAGGAGACAAAGAAGACCUUCCAGACCCUUACAUCCACAGAAGUUUGAAGUCGACACUCAUUGAUCUAAAGUAUCUUGAGGAAACCAGAGAAAGCACUUUGGUUAUUCUCGAUUGUGUGAAAAACCUAGACAAUAUAGAACACAAAAUCAACCACAAAGAGUUCAUUCGAGUUGACGAAUACAUAAACGAACAAACAAUAUGUGCAACUACAACUUUGAAACGCGUUUCAACGUUCCGACACUCAACCCUACCGUUGGAAAGUACGGACUCGAGUUUUACCAUUCUUGUCAAUGACAACACAACCAGUUUCACUCAGUUUCAGAAAAUACGUUCGCGACACAAGAACACACGAACCAUUCACCAGUUUCGAGUGGCCGUAACUGGAAAGUUGGAAUGGAUCCGCAGCUUUGGUGGCAUCACCGACUUAGAACCUCACGUCUUACCGGAUUUUUACCUCAUCGAAGAAAAAACCAUCGCGUUUUCACAACCGGAUAACCCCAUAACGAUAAUAGCGAGUAACCCGGGGAUGGGCAAAACCGAAAUCAUUAAGAGCUUCAAAAACAACAGCCCUCCAGAUUUUUGGACCUUGAUUAUCCUUCCGGAAGACAUAUACACCUUUUUUAAAGAAAAUCGAACGAGAAUGACUAUCAAUGUGUUUAAAAGAUUCAUAAUAGAACACAAAUACAGUGACAGUCAAGACAGAACCUUCUUCCAACUGUGUUUGCAACGAAAUACGGUGAUUUUCGUCUGGGAUGGUCUUGACGAAAUUUCAAGCCCCCACUUGGAGGCCGUUGUCAACAUGAUUUUGGACUUUUCGAAGAAAGGGUGGCCCCAGUGGGUAACCAGUCGCUGUCACCUGAAGAAAUUCCUAGAAACGAAAUUCCAAACGUUCGCGCUAGAUCUACACCAUUUUGACACCAACGAGCAAAAAUUCUACAUCCAAGAACGCCUCAAAAACGUGGGUUCUAUCGACAAAAUCGAAGAACUGUGGACGAAACUCCAGUCCAUCUUCAUGCUCAAAGAACACAUCGACAUUCUAGGAAUCCCUCUACAGAUUUUCAUGUUGACGGAUUUGUUUAUCCACAACCGAGACAAAUAUUUGGACGCCCUCAACGACUCGUUCAUUCUAACCGAUUUAUAUCACCACUUCGUCGAAGAAAAGUUGAACAUUUAUUGCGCGUCGACCGCCAGCGUGGACUUCCGGUCCGAGUCCGUCGUUGCAAUCACCAAACAAGAAAUCCUAAGUUGCUACGAAAAAAUUGCUCUGAAGGUGGUUUUCCCGAGCGCGAAACUCGCACAACUCAAUAUCAAUUUCGACGAAGAGCUGGAAAAAAUCGAGAAGGACUAUUUCCGGAUUGGGGUGAUUAGUGAAAUCAGGGACCAAACUCCGCGCUUUCUCCACAACUCGUUCGCCGAAUUUUUCGCCGCGAGUUAUUUCUCGAAAAAUCUGUCUUCUAUGUUAGACGAUGUUAUUUUUGACUCGAGGUAUACGAAUGUGCACUUUUUUUUUGACUUGUUGUUGGCCAAGGAGUCAGUGUCGCACGUCGCGGUGUUGUACAAAAGGGUGGAUUUGUUGUUGACUUAUGAUGGGGAGGUUUUGAGAGGGAAGGACAAAGGGGGGAGGACGGCGUUGCAUGUAGCGUGUUCGUGGGGGAAAAAGUGUCCUGGUUUCAACGUGACGAAAGAAGUAGACGGCUAUGUCAUCGAUGGCGAUGCAAAUUUUGACCAAGCCGAAGAAAGUGAAGACUAUUUGAAGAUAAUACAGUAUUUGGUGGAUAGAAGCGACGUUACUGAGAGUGAUGAUUUGUUUAAAAUGACACCACUGGAUUAUGCGAGGAAAAGCAAGUGUUUUGUGGCGGAAAUAAAAAUACUUGGUAGAAGCGACACCAGAUUUGGGGAGGGCGAAGUCGAACGUAUCGUCAACAUGUUGUUCUAUGCGGCUAGAUUUGGCUACUACGAGGUGUUUGGUUUAUUGAAACGAAAAAUGGACCAGUUUUGUAAAAAAGUGAAGUCUUCGGGUUUAGUUUCUAAAGUCAGUGGCAGCUUGAAAGCUUUGUCGCUUGGAAAGAAACGUAAAAACUUUUGUAUAUUUCAGUUUGAAAAUCUCCUGAGAGUGAGUAACAAGAAUGGUGCUAAUUUGCUAUACAGAGCGUCGAGGUAUGGUCACUUCGAUAUAGUCCAGUUUUUGAUAGAAUCGGGUGUCGAUAUUAACCACGCUACGGGAAAAGGUGGUACCCCACUUUGGACGGCCGCUCGAAAUGGCCACUAUCGGAUUGUCAAACUCUUGGUUAAAUGUGGGGCUGACGUCAACCACGCCGACGAUCGAGGCUAUACACCCGUUUUUCUAGCAUGUGAGAAUGGCCACCUAGAAAUUGUCAAACUAUUGACAGCUAGCUGUGCCAAUCUUGAGCACCCUAUAAACAUCGGACACACACCUCUUCACGUCGCGUCACUAAAAGGCCACAAAGAAAUCGUCGAAUUGUUAUUGUCUUGUGUGGAAGUUAACGUGGUCACAAAUAAUGACGAAACGCCACUUUAUCUAGCUGUUAGGAACGAACACGGGCACAUUGUAGACCUUCUUGCUCCCUACCAUCCAGUAGUCAAUCGUGCCAACACAGAAGGUAUCACCCCACUUCACUUAGCUUCCGGAUACGGCAACCACGAAAUCGUCAAAAUGCUACUAGCAUCAGGUGCCAAAGUCAACUCUGCUUGUAAAAAAGGCAUGACACCGCUGUUCCUAGCCACGUUAUAUGGUCACGUGAAAGUCAUAGAAGCCCUCUUGGCUUCCAAUGCUGACCCUAAUAUAGUCGACGCGGAAGAAAUUUCGCCACUUUACCUCGCUUCCAUGAACGGCUCCACCCAAAUCGUCACACUUCUAUUGUCAUCCGGUGCUUCCAUUGACUCCGUAACCGUCGACGGACUCACACCCCUUAGUAUAGCGUCAAGUUCCGGCCACUUCGAAGUAGUCCGACUCCUUGUAGCCUCCGGUGCCAGAGUCAACCACCCCGACGAAACUUUUCCCUCCAUAGUACUCGCCGCCCACGCCGGCCACACCCAAAUCGUCGACUAUCUCAUAUCAGCAGGUGCCAAAGUCAACGGGUUAGCUAAAGACGGCUGUUCCCCCCUCGAAGCCGCCUGUAUUGGAGGACACCUAGAUCUAGUCAAGUACUUGAUCGACAAUAAGGCUAAUAUUCACCUUCGGAACCGCAGUGGCGAGUCGCCGAUCUUGGCGGCUUGUGAAAAAGGGGACAAAGCGAUUGUUGAGUACUUGGUAGAGAAGGGGGCUAGGUUGGACCAAGCCAACCACAACGGGGAGAUGGCGCUUCAUAAAGCGGCGGGGUCUGGAGAUCUAGAAACCGUUGAGUUUAUAGUACAAAGUGGCGCUAGUGUUAAUUAUACGCCGCCAUCUGGGUGGUCUCCAAUGGGGAUUGCUUGCUUGGAGGGGCACGUGGGGGUGGUUAAGUUCUUGAUUAAAGAAGGGGCGAAUGUGAAUUUUGCGGGGGGUUCCGGGAUUAGUUUGCUUCGGUUGAGUUUCCAAAAGGGGUAUAAGGAGGUUUGUGAAUGUUUGGUCAAGGCUGGUGCUAAUCGUUGAUUGGUUACGGCAACCAAUUUGGUCUUGAGCGAUGUGCGAUCCCACGUUUGAAUUUUGGUGUUUUUGUUAAGUAAGAUGCGAUCUUAACCUUAAUUCAACCAUACAAAGUACUCUGGAAAGUUGUAGACCAGGAAUUGUGACUGACAUUUUUAAUCAAGAAACUGAAUUAUGUUUUUCUGUCUAGUGGCCUUUGAUGUAGAUCUUUGCCCGUACAGGAGGGAUUUAGUAGCGAUGAAAAAAUCAGAAAAUAGGUGGUUCUAUUAGUAAAGGGAGGAAGGAAACAUAACCUUAAAUUAUUUCACACUAGAAUAAAUCGCUAAAACUGACACUGUCGAUGUUAUCGGUUGUAUUUUUGAGGGUGUUGGUCAUGGCUCAUUCAAAAUAUUGUAUUUGCAUUAUGGUCAAGCUGUGUUAGUCGUUUUUUGACACAAGUUUGCCUACCAGUUGUAAGUUGUAUGAAUUUCUUGUUUGAAGAAACAAAGCAGAUGUCUUCAUGAUUCUUGAUCAACGAGAGGUGAAGAAGUCCAACAGUCUGGACCUUUUAGGACAAAAAAGUCAAGCAAUUGUAUAGUUUCACAAAAUCGAAAACAUGGAAUUCAAAAAACAGAAAAAACUGAAGAUCUUAACGAAAAUGGUGGUUAGAAUAUUCCUACACUUAAUUGGAGAUUUAUGAAUUUCGACACGAUUUUUACGACUGUCUAAGAAUAAGAAAAGCACAUACGUUAGAUAAGAAGGUUAGACUGGACCAAACUCGGGCUAUCCAACUUAAACAUAUUCAGUCGGAUCGUUGUACAUCAAAAAUUUAAUAAUAAUAAUAAUAAUAAUAGUAAUUUAUUGUCAAACAGAACUGUUCCAAUAGAGACAAUAAAAUAUAAAUAAGAGAA